UGUCUAUUUUGUUGUCUUGUAUACAAUUAAAAUUAAUUGUUUUCUAUUCAGAAGAUUGAAUUGAAUAACUUUUUUAUAAAAUGGAAGAUAUGGCAAUGAAUGAGUCAGAUUUAUUAGGUAAUAAAAUGGAUCGAAAUGAGCUAUUUCCUUCUAAUAAUUUAUUUAUGGAUUCGACGGAAACAAGACGAAGAAGCUCCAAUAGGUCGAUUAAACGAAAAAAAUUCGAUGAUGAAUUGGUGGAAUACAGUUUGGGUUUACCUGGAGUUUCCAAUCUGAAAAACAAUCGUUCAAGAACUCAAUCGAUACAUUCAGAUUAUUCUGUUGUUUCUCCACCUCUAGCAUCUUCUUCGAAUGCUGUUACUCAUACAUCUGAAUUCAAAAGGAAAACUUUUACUAAAUCAAUUCCAACAAGUUCUAAAAAACAUAAGAAAGGAAGGCAGUCAAGCCAUUUCGCUACAAAAGAUCUAGGACGUUGGAAACCAACAGAUGAUUUGGCAUUGAUUAUUGGUGUUCAGCAGACAAAUGAUUUAAAGACUGUUCAUUUAGGAACAAAAUUUUCUUGUAAAUUCACUGUUCAAGAAUUACAACAAAGGUGGUAUGCGUUAUUAUAUGACCAAGCAGUAUCUAGAGUGGCUGUUGCUGCAAUGAGAAACUUACAUCCUGAUAUGGUUGCUGCUGUGCAAGACAAGGCAUUAUGGAGUACUCAAGAGGAAGAUUUACUUAGUACUAUAAAAUCGAGUGUUAACCCUACAAUUGAAACCUUCGCUGAUCUACUUUCCCAAAAUCCAGAUGUCUUCUAUUCAGGACGAACUGCGGCAGCUUUAUUCAAGCACUGGCAAAGCCUCAAAAUGUAUCACCUUCUUCCUGACCAAGUAUUAGGGCCACUUAGUACUUCUGGUAGACCUAUAAUGACAUUCAAUGAUGCAGAAGAUAUAAUUCAAGAUUCUGAACUCAGUGAACCUCCAGAUGAAAUUCUUGAUAGAGAAUUGAAGUUACAGCAGAGGAGAAAUGUUAAAGAAAUACGACAUUUAGAGAACGAAAUCGGCAGGUGGAAUGUCUUAGUAGAUUCUGUCACUGGGGUUUGUCCAGGAGAACUAGAUAGUCAAACGCUUGCAGUAUUGAGGGGAAGAAUGGUCAGAUACUUAAUGCGUAGUAGGGAAAUAACCAUAGGACGAUCAGGUAAAGGCCAUAUGGUUGAUAUUGACCUAUCAUUGGAAGGCCCUGCUCACAAAAUAUCCAGAAGACAAGCUACCUUAAGAUUGAGGAAUACCGGUGAAUUUUACCUUUCUUCGGAGGGUAAAAGACCAAUCUUUGUUGAUGGAAGACCUAUUUAUUCUGGAAAUAAAAUAAGAUUGUAUGACAAUGCGGUUGUAGAAAUUUCAAGUUUACGUUUUAUUUUCUCGAUUAAUCAUGACCUUAUUAGGGUUAUUCAUAAUGAAUCCACUCGUUACAAUGUUUCAUCUCAUUGAAGUGCAGUUGGUGUUUGUUUUCAAAUAUUGUGAUAAUUUGAGUUGAGUUUAUAGCAUGUAAAGUACAUAUUCAUUGUAAAAUAAUAAAUGAUAUCAGUAGUUCUUAAA